CAGACAGUGGUGAUUAUUUUGCAGCGUCACAUGGUUUAAUAUGUCGAGGAAUUUAAUUUUAAAGUUAUGGCAACUGCAUGAAAAUUAACGAUAACUGAAACCAUUCAUUGUUUUUAUUUUCAUGUGAUACAGCUGUAUCUUAUCCUUAUUUGACAAUGCUUUGUAAUUUAUUGACAAAUAUAAAGCGUAGUUAAUUUGCUUGUGUAAUUGACAGAAAACAGUUCCCUGUGUUUCGAGAAGCAGUUCGGAUACAUCUUUAAGAAGGCAUAAAAAUGAAUUGGAGUAUUAACAAAAUUAUUUUAAUAGUACUGACUAUAUAUGCGUUAUCUGUGCGCUGCCAAAAUGUGGAUGAUGCGACCUCAAUUCAUAAUUACGAUGUUUCCAAAUCAGUUAAGAAAUAUGCGGAGAAUAUUAAUUUAUCAAAAAGUUUAAAAUUAAUUUCUGAAGAAGAUAAAAUUUUUUUAAAUGGAUUCCAGGAUUUUCUGCCGCAUGCCAUUCACCCAAUUUUACUUGAAAUGCUGUCUCAAACCACAUCAGACAAGUGUGUUCAGGAUAUACAAUAUGCCUUUAAACGCCUUUUGCCACCGUCUGAUUGGUCAAUGAAAAUGGUGGAUUCUUUUGGAAAACCAGAAAGUGGAAUACUUCUCGGAAACUUUAAAUGGCUUGGCGAAUACGACGAAUGCCUUAAGAUUUACGCGCCUCCUAAAGGAAAAACAGGACUCGGAGAUUUCCAUGGAAAAUAUUGCACCGUUCAAAUUCCUCUGAAACUGGGAAGCAUGGCCUUGCCAUUAUCUACAGCAGUGUGUUUGCCUGAUUCUUGCAAUCCGAAUGCGACAUUUAAUGGUCUGUUUAAUAGCUUACAAACGAAUCUCACCGGUAUGACUCAGUUCAAUCUGGCAGGUAUGGAUGAAAAAAUGGAAUCGAUAUUAAGUAAUGCAACUAUAAGUUGCAAGUCUAAACCAAAAGAAUUAACUACUGGUGCUAUUGUUGUUAUAACAUUUCUAUCUGUCAUCACUUUCCUAGCUGUGAUAGGAAGCUCCAUAACUGUUUUGGAACGUUACUUAAAACGGGAAACCGUUACAGGCUGCAAUGCUGCAACUAGUGAAAAAUCUUCACUUAAUGGCGACGUUGAAACGGCAUCUCAUGAUGAUGUUUCUCUGAUUGGAGCAAAGAGUGAUGCCAGAUUACCAACCUGGUUAGAAAAGUGCAAGCCGUUUUUCAACUGUUUUUGCAUUUUCACUAAUGGUGAAAAGAUAUUGAAUACGGCUAGUGCUGAGGGUCAACUUCCUUGUCUUCACGGCAUUCGAUUCUUAAGCAUGACCUGGGUAAUAGUCUGCCACUGUUAUAUGUCAGUGGCAAAUGCUGUAAAAAAUCCUCUUGAGGCCAUUGACUACGUUGACAACUGGACUUUUCAAAUCAUUAUGAAUGGAUUUUUUUCCGUUGAUUCCUUUUUUGUACUCAGUGGUUUCUUAGUUGGUUAUUUAUAUUUUCAACAUGCUCCUAAAACAAAUGGAAAAAUCCCAUGGUUUUAUUUUUACAUUCAUCGAUAUAUAAGGCUCACUCCAGUAUAUGUGAUAGUUAUGUUAUUUUUCACAUUUAUUAGCCCGUUUAUGGGAUCUGGCCCACUUUGGCCAGAAUAUACGGUUGUUCAAGCAUGUAAAGAUUAUUGGUGGUGGAAUUUGCUUUAUAUCAAUAAUUUCCAAAAUAUGUCUGAUGAGUGCAUGGGCUGGUCAUGGUAUCUUGCAAAUGAUAUGCAAUUUUAUAUUAUCAGUCCCUUGUUCUUAAUUACUUUGUACAGAUGGCCGAAAAUUGGAUAUUCACUUCUAGGAUUGUUCUUCUGCAUAUCAUUCACGGCUAAUUUUGCCAUCACCUAUGAAUACAACUUGGUUGCAGGAAUGGGCAACAUCCUUGAAUAUUAUCAAGAUCUGCAGACUUAUUUGCCUCGAAUGAUGGACUUUUUCAAUAAGGUUUAUAUCAAGCCUUAUACCAGAGUAGGGGCCUAUUUAGUUGGCCUUCUUGUGGCAUAUAUUGUAUGUAAAAGAAAACAGAAUAACUCUCCGAAACUGAACACAAUAACUUUAUGGGUAGGAUGGACACUUGCAUCUGGUGUAGCCUUGGCUUGUCAGUUUGGUCUUUACCAUCACAAACUUUCACUUGUGGCAACGUCUUUUUACAAUGCCUUAAGCCGAAUAGGUUUCUCCUUAGGCUUAGGGUGGGUUAUUUUUGUAUGCGUCAUUGGACAGGGAGAUGCUGUUAACAGUAUUCUUUCUUGGAAAGCUUUGAUUCCUCUAAGCCGACUCACUUACUGCGCUUACCUUGUUCAUCCCGUUGUUCAAACUAUAUAUUUUGGAUCAAUUAGGCAGUUGAUUGAAUUCAAUCAUAUUAAUGUGAUCAUGUUAUAUUUUGGUACUCUUUUUAUUUCCUACGCUGCAGCUCUGGUGACAUCUUUGUUGUUCGAAUCUCCGGUGAUAAGACUGGAAAGACUUCUCAGAAACAAGUUUUCAUCUUAAAAAAUAACUGAUUUUAGCGCUUAAUUAAGAAAUAAUAAGAAAUAUUUUUCCAUAUUUUAUCAGUUUAUUUUUACUCUGAGCCAUUCAUUUAUUUCUUUAUUACAUUUGCUCAUAAAAAGGAAGCAAAUUAUAUAGUUUAAAGAAUAUUUUUAUUAAAAUAAUCGAUGUAAUCAUUUUGAAACAGUUCCUUUUUCUUCGCAAAUAAUCAUAAUAACUUUCAUCAACUGAAGUUUUAUAUAUGUUAACAUUAAAGUGUACAAUUAUUUCAUAGAAUUCCUAAUUAUUUCAUGAAAUAACUAAUCAUGAUUUAUCAAUUAUUUCAAACAUAUCUAGUUACUUUAUGAUAUCAUUGAUCAUCAUUUUUACAAAAUAA